AGCAUUUUGGGUACCAAUUCCAAAAGCACCACCGUCUUUCCUCCUUGUCAGUCAGUGCUCUGUUUGUCGUCCUAGGCGGACAUGAAUUCAGUUCGUGAUCGACUUUCCAUUUUAUGCGUAUUUUAGCAGGGUGUAACCUUUUUGACAUACAAGGGCAAACCAGAAAGUUAUAUGCCCACCAUGUCCUUUUCCUCCUUCCCAACGCGUCUCACGCUACUUGCCCUCCUCUCCGCCACUACGUUCUACUGCUUCUACAAAUCUCGUCGCCUCAAGCUCCUCAGCCAAUCCCUAAACCCUAACGGUAAAACUAGCUCUUCCUCCCCUCGCAAAGCUAAGCUCUUCUUCAUUUCUCAAACCGGAACAUCCAAAGCCCUAGCUGUUCGCCUUUUCGAUCUUUUAACCUCCAAUAAUCUCGCAUUUGACCUCGUGGACCCAAACCACUACGAGCCAGAAGACCUCCCCAAGGAAAACCUAGUUCUCAUUGUCGCUUCGACCUGGGAAGAUGGUAAAGCGCCUCCAACGGCCAAGUUCUUCGCCAAUUGGCUGUCGGAGAGUUCCGAUGACUUCAGAGUCGGGUCUCUGUUGCUGUCGCAGUGUAAAUUCGCAGUGUUCGGAGUAGGAAGCCGAGCCUAUGGAGCUACGUUCAAUGCGGUGGCUAAGGACGUAUCGAAGCAAAUGAGAGCGUUGGGCGCUAAAGAGAUAUUGCCGGUUUGGGAAGGUGAUGUGGAUGGGGGUGAUAUAGACGAGGUUUUCGACGCUUGGAGUGGGAAAGUGGUGGGGUUUUGUAAAGGCGGUGUGGUGGAAAAUGGUGGGGUUUCGACUAAUGGGGUAGAUUGUGAGAGCGAUGCUUGUAGUGGAGAUGAGACGGAUGAGGAGGAGUAUAGUAUGGAGUCGGAAAUCGUUGAUCUUGAGGAUAUUGCUGGUAAAGGACCUUCCAGAAGAUCAGCGACAGUGACAAAGGCUGAAACUAAUGGGACUUUGAAUGGGAAAAAGGAUAUGGUUACUCCGGUGAUUAGGGCGAGCUUAGAAAAACAGGGAUAUAAAAUCAUUGGUUCACAUAGUGGUGUCAAAAUUUGCAGAUGGACGAAGUCACAACUUAGAGGCCGAGGGGGUUGCUACAAGCACUCAUUUUAUGGUAUAGAGAGUCAUAGGUGCAUGGAGGCAACCCCUAGUUUAGCGUGUGCAAACAAAUGUGUGUUCUGUUGGAGACAUCAUACGAAUCCUGUCGGAAAGAGUUGGCAGUGGAAGAUGGAUGACCCAUUAGAAAUUGUGAAUUCUGCCAUAGAGCAGCACACAAAGAUGAUUAAACAAAUGAAAGGAGUUCCAGGUGUCACUGUGGAGCGUCUAAGAGAAGGUCUCUCUCCCAGGCAUUGUGCGUUAUCACUUGUGGGUGAACCUAUUAUGUAUCCAGAGAUUAAUACACUUGUAGAUGAGCUGCACAGAAGGCGGGUUUCAACCUUUCUCGUAACAAAUGCUCAGUUUCCUGAAAAGAUUAAAAUGCUGAAGCCUAUAACCCAGUUAUAUGUAAGUGUGGAUGCUGCAACCAAGGAGAGUUUGAAGGCAAUUGAUAGGCCACUAUUUGGGGACUUUUGGGAGAGGCUCAUUGAUUCCUUGAAAGCUCUGAAAGAAAAACAGCAGCGAACUGUCUACCGCUUGACCCUCGUGAAAGGGUGGAAUACAGAAGACAUUGAAGCUUACUCUAACCUAUUUAGCAUUGGGAAACCUGAUUUUAUUGAAAUCAAAGGCGUAACAUAUUGUGGAUCAUCUGCUACAUCAAAGCUGACCAUGGAGAAUGUGCCUUGGCACUCUGAUGUUCGAGAUUUUUCAGAGGCCUUAGCCUUGCGAAGUCUAGGGGAGUAUGAGGUUGCAUGUGAGCAUGUUCACUCAUGCUGUGUCCUCCUGGCAAAAACUGACAAGUUCAAGAUCAACGGCCAGUGGUUCACAUGGAUAGAUUAUGAAAAGUUUCAUGAUCUGGUGGCAUCUGGAAGACCUUUUGAUAGCAAGGAUUAUAUGGCAAUAACACCAUCAUGGGCUGUCUAUGGAGCAGAAGAAGGGGGAUUUGAUCCGGAUCAAUCAAGGUAUAAGAAGGAGCGACAUCACAGAUCAAGCAAGUAAAUUGAUCGAUCAGGGUAAAGAUAUUUAUUGGCAUUAGGCUGUCAAAUUUUCUUCUUUGUUCAUUUAGAAAGUUUUCUUUUACUUCUGUAUACCAAAUUUUCACCGGAUAGUUAUGUAUAAGCGCUUAAUAUCUGAUUGCUGUACUUACAUUUACGUCAGUAUUCCUUUUGUUUUUUCUUCCCUUUGGAAAACUGUAGUUUAUACAAAAGCAAGAUAAUUUUAUUUUC